AUGGCAUCUUUGACACUGCCCCCGGUUGAGGCUCCAGUUACUUCUGACACCAAAUGUAGGAUGGCCGGCCUCGCGGCAAGCUGCACACAUGCUUCAACUCUACUGAUCCUCUAUGAUUUUGCUGCUCUUAACUCUACAGUGUCAAAAGCUGGCGAGGGACUGAAUCUUCUGCUCCUGGGGAAGAGUGGGGUUGGGAAGAGCUCAUGUGGGAACACCAUCCUGGGGAGCGAAGUCUUUCAGACCCGUCCGCCCUCCUCCUCUGAUCCUGUCACUCUGAAACCACAAAUCGCCCAUGGAGUAGUCGGAAGCACAAAUGUUGUUGUCAUUGACACCCCAGACCUGUUUGACUCCCAGCUAACCUACAGGGAGCUACAGAAACAGAUGGGCUCCAUCGUCGCCCAGACAUCUCCAGGGCCUUGUGUGUUCCUCUUGGUGCUUCCCCCAGUUGACGUUGGUCACAACCUUGAAGAGAUGCUUGCACCUAUCCGCAAGACUUUCGGAGAGAAGGCAGCAGAAUCCACCAUUGCUCUUAUCACACACAGUGACCAGAGAGAAGGAGCUGUUGAGAAUGUCCCAGAAGCAGUUAGGCAAAAAAUGUUCUACAUCACAAAAAAUCAAGAUAGCAAGCAGGUUAGACACCUUUUGUCGAAAAUAGAAAGUCUGCUGGAGAAGAAUGAGUGUUUCUAUCUCAGCCAGACACUCAACACUGCACCAGCUGUUAGGGCAAAACCUCGAACAAAGUUUUUACAUGAAAUGGCUGAACACAGAGGGCAGAGACAAGAAUCUGAGGAGAGACAGGAGCCAGAGACAGCAGAGACACCUCUUCGGUUUACAACAAAACUCAACAAAUGGCUUGAAAGAGAACAAAAACAGACAGUUGACUGUGUGAGGCUGGUCCUGAUUGGGAAGACUGGAGUUGGAAAGAGUGCCACUGGAAACACCAUUCUUGGAAAGAAAGAAUUUAAAUCAUCUCCUUUAAUGGUGUCUGUUACAACAAAAUGUAAGAGAAAGACGGCAGUAAUUGGUUCAAAAAUGGUGCAGGUCAUUGACACCCCAGGUCUGUUUGACACGACUGUCUCCAAUGAGAAGAUCAGAGACGAGAUUGGGAAAUGCAUCACCAUGUCCUCACCAGGGCCUCAUGUGUUCCUGUUGCUGGUCUCUGUGGGACGCUUCACCCAAGAGGAGAUAGAGGCGGUGAAGAUGAUCCAGGAGAUCUUUGGCGAGUACUCCAAAGCAUACACAAUGGUUGGCUUCACUAGAGGUGAGCUUCUGAGGGAAGAAGGCAUUGGCAUUAAGAAGUACAUUGAAAAAAGCCCAGCUGUCUUGCAGGAACUGAUUGAAGACUGUAGCGGUCGAUACCAUGUCUUCUGCAAUAAGGACAAAGACACACAGGCGCAACAGGUCAUGUCUCUCCUGGAGAAGAUUGAUAGAAUGAUUCAGCAAAAUGGAAGAAGCUUCUACACCACUGCCAUGUUUGAAGAGACAGAAGAGAGGAUUAAAGCAAGAGAGAUGAGACUCUUACAGCAAAAACUGGAAGAACUGGAGCAAGCAAAUAAAAAUGAAGAUGUCUCAUUUUUAGUCAGUGAAAUAUCCAAGAUCAAGGUGACUCUGGAGAAGAAGCUGAGGAACCUGCGUGGCGAAGCUGUCAAAGAGAGGGAUGAAGACAUGAAGAGACUUGAGGAGAUACGAGCCAAUCUGGAGAAGAACCAUGAGAAGAAAAUCAAGGAAAUAGAUGGCGAAGUCUUCACUGAGCUCGCUAGAAGUCGGGAUAGUAUUCGCAAGCAAGCUGAGAAAGCUGAGGCUAAAGCCAUGGCUAAGAGCUUACAACACAACCAGCAGAAAUGCACAUAUCUUAAGAGUUGUCUGCAAAAAAAUAAUUACGCAUUUUCCUAUAUCCUAGUGGACUGUGUGAGACUGGUCCUGAUUGGGAAGACUGGAGUUGGAAAGAGCGCCACAGGAAACACCAUUCUUGGAAAGAAAGAAUUCAAAGCAUGUGUUUCAAUGAUGUCUGUUACAGCACAUUGUAAAAGAAAGUGUGCAGUAGUUGGUUCAAAAAUGGUGCAGGUCAUUGACACCCCAGGUCUGUUUGACACGACUGUCUCCAAUGAGAAGAUCAGAGAGGAGAUUGGGAAAUGCAUCACCAUGUCCUCACCAGGGCCUCAUGUGUUCCUGUUGAUGCUCUCUGUGGGACGCUUCACCCAAGAGGAGAGAGAAACGGUGAAGAUGAUCCAGGAUAUCUUUGGCCGGUAUUCCAAAGCCUACACAAUUGUCGGCUUCACUAGAGGUGAUGAUCUGAUGGAAGAUGGCAUUGACAUUAAGAAGCACAUUGAAAGGAGCCCACCUGCCUUGCAGGAACUGAUUGAAGACUGUAGCGGUCGGUACCAUGUUUUCUGCAAUAGGGACAAAGACACACAGCCGCAACAGGUCAGAUCUCUCCUGGAGAAGAUUGAUAGAAUGAUUCGGCAAAAUGGAGGAAGCUUCUACACCACUGCCAUGUUUGAAGAGACUGAAGAGAGGAUUAGAGCAAGAGAGAUGAGACUCUUACAGCAAAAACUGGAAGAACUGGAGCAAGCAAACACAAAUGAAGAUGUCUCAUUUUUAGUAAGUGAAAUAUCCAAGAUCAAAUUGGCUCUGGAGAAGAAGCUGAGGAACCUGCGUGGCGAGGCUGUCAAGGAGAGGGAUGAAGACAUGAAGAGACUUGAAGAGUUACGAGUUGACCUGGAGAAGAACCAUGAGAAGAAAAUCAAGGAAAUAGAUAGCGAAGUCUUCACUGAGCUCGCUAGAUGUCGAGCUGGUAUUCGCAGACGAGCAGAGAAAGCUGAGGCUAAAGCCAUGGCUAUGAGAGAAUACAACCAGCAGAAAUGCACGAUAUCUUAA